CCGUCCUUCCUCCUUGAACAAACAAUUAGUGCCAGCAGGAAAGAUGGGCGAAAAUUCAUGGGUAGUUGAAGUAAAUGACAAAGUCAAUCGUCUACCAGACAUCACAAGGGAUGAAGAGAAGGCAUGGCAGAGUCAUUCCAUCUACAAAUUGCCUGCCUGUGUAACUGAUCUUGUCACUGAUAGGAAAGAGAGUGUUUACAAGCCUCGGGCAAUAUCUUUUGGUCCAUAUCAUUACGGCGAGUCAAAUUUGGAUCCAAUGGAAGCUCACAAGGAAAGAGCUCUCCUACAUUUUAUCGAAAGGUCAGGGAAUCCUCUCGAGCACUACCGUCGCGCAUUAUCUGGAGUAGUGAAAGAAUUGAAGGAUGCAUAUGACUCCCUGGACGACAAAUGGAAACAAGAUUCAGAAGCAUUCUUGAAGCUGAUGAUUCGCGAUGGCUGUUUUAUGCUAGAAGUUUUGCGGUCAUCAUCCACUGAUCUAACCAAGAAUGGCUAUGCCUCUAACGAUCCCAUCUUCAGCAAACAUGGCAUGACUUAUAUGUUGCCAUAUAUAAAGCGCGACAUGUUGAUGCUCGAAAAUCAGUUGCCCAUGUUGCUGCUUAGAAAGCUACAUGCUAUUUACAAACAAGAUGCCCAGACAUCUGAGGAGUCUGCUGACCUAUUAGAGAAAUCCAUUGAGCGAUCUGAGGAGUCUGCCCAGGGAUCUGAGGAGUCCGUUGAUAAGCUCAUCCUCAAAUUCUACUCUCAUAGUCAUAGUCAUAGCAGCACCCCACCUGAGUUGGACAAGUGUUUGCAUAUACUGGAUGCAUACCGAACGAUCUUGUUAUGGAAAGACAGUGCUACUAAAACUCAAGAAUCUACUCAACAUUGUAAAGUGGAAAACAACAGUGGCGAAAUUCUCUCUGCAAGAGAGCUUGAAGAAUCAGGAAUCAGUAUCAAGAAGAGCAAAAGUACAAGCCUGACGGACAUCCAAUUCGAUUGCAAGUGGGGUAUCCUGAAGCUUCCACCAAUCUGUAUGGAUGAUGUAAGUGAAACAAUGUUUCUAAAUCUAAUAGCUUUUGAGCGAUUCCAUGCAGGGGCAGGAAGUCAGGUGACUAACUACAUCUACUUGAUGGACAAACUCGUCGACAACGCUAAGGAUGUUAACAUCCUACAAUCCCAUGAAAUUCUCCACAAUGCACUUGGAAGUGAUAAAGCUCUUGCUCAAUUGAUCAACUCACUUUCCAAAGAUGUUGUGCUUGAUCGAGAUAGCAGCUUAAAUAAGGUGCAUGUUGCUAUUAACAGCUACUGCAAAACAAAACCGCAUAAGUGGCGAGCCAGUCUCAUCCAAACUUAUUUCAGGAAUCCAUGGGCCUCGGUAUCUGUUAUGGCUGCCAUUGUUCUUUUUGCUCUCACCAUUGUUCAGGCAUUAUACGGUGCUCUCCAAUACUACCAGGCCCUGAACAGUAGUCCAUCCCCACCUCCGCCUCCACGUCCACCUCCAUCGCAUAGAAGUUGAUUAUUUCAUCAACGAUCUCCUUGUCCUAAUUAUUUUUAUUUCAUUUCCAGUGAUUAAUGAUCUAUGGUGCAUUACUGGUAAGGCUGAUUCGGUCAUGCACUGAUGUUGCUAGAUCAGUGACACCCUUGAUCGUGUUGCCUAAUUUGUGUGUUACACUUCAAUGUUCCCGUUGAGGGACUGUUUUGAUUGGAGGGUUUCGGAGUGUUUUGCUUUAAUCUUGAUAUUUUUGA